AUGGAAGAACUAGGAAUUGCUCAAACUGGUGAGGCUUCUGUUUCUCAACCGACAGCACUUUCAUAUGGUUCAUUGAUCUCACAUUUAAAUUGUAAUACAGCAGCGUUGAAUGGCGCAAAUUCUGAUGUUUAUUUAAAGUUGAAGAAAUUAGAGAAGGAAUAUGAACUACUAUGUUUACAAGAAGAAUAUAUUAAAGAUGAACAACGUCAUUUGAAGAGAGAACUGCUAAGCGCACAAGAAGAAGUUAAAAGAAUUCAAUCUGUUCCAUUGGUUAUUGGUCAGUUUUUGGAAGCAAUCGACGAAAAUACGGGUAUUGUUUCCAGUACCACUGGAAUGAGUUAUGUGGUGAGAAUAUUGUCGACAUUGGAUCGUGAAUUAUUGAAACCAUCAACUUCUGUUGCAUUACACCGUCAUUCAAACGCAUUGGUAGAUAUCUUGCCUCCUGAUUCCGAUUCCAGUAUAUCUAUUAUGGGUAACGAGGAGAAACCAGAUGUUACUUAUGCCGAUGUGGGUGGUUUAGACAUGCAAAAGCAGGAGAUAAGGGAAGCUGUUGAGUUACCUUUGGUGCAGGCAGAUCUCUACCAACAGAUUGGUAUUGAUCCUCCACGUGGUGUUCUUUUAUAUGGUCCUCCUGGUACAGGUAAGACCAUGUUGGUGAAAGCAGUCGCCAACAGUACUAAUGCGGCGUUUAUUAGAGUUAACGGUUCCGAAUUUGUCCAUAAAUAUUUGGGUGAAGGUCCUCGCAUGGUCCGCGAUGUUUUCCGCCUUGCAAGGGAAAAUGCACCAUCUAUCAUAUUUAUUGAUGAAGUGGAUUCUAUUGCAACUAAGCGUUUUGACGCUCAGACUGGCUCUGAUAGAGAAGUGCAACGUAUCUUGAUUGAAUUAUUGACUCAGAUGGAUGGGUUCGACCAAUCUACCAACGUUAAAGUCAUAAUGGCUACUAAUAGGCACGAUACCCUAGAUCCUGCGUUGCUAAGGCCUGGUAGAUUAGACAGAAAAAUUGAGUUUCCCUCUCUACGUGACAGACGUGAACGUCGUUUAAUUUUUGGCAAGAUAGCUGCUAAGAUGUCUUUGGCACCAGAAGUCGAUUUGGACUCUUUAAUUAUUAGAAAUGACCCUCUAUCAGGUGCAUUGAUUGCCGCGAUAAUGCAAGAAGCAGGGUUGCGCGCCGUGAGAAAGAAUAGAUAUGUUAUCCUCCAAAGCGAUCUGGAAGAGGCCUAUGCAUCUCAAGUCAAGACUGGUAGUGACGUUGAUAAGUUUGAUUUCUACAAGUGA